CACGCCCCACCCCUUUCCUGAGUUCGCCUCCUCCGGUUCAGAAAUCUGGUCGUGGUGACUGUCAGCCUCUUGUGCGCUCAGGAGCCUCCCCCGCGCUUGCGGUUGGAGGGGAUGAGGGCCCCGGAGAGAGGCCUGAGCGCCGGCAUCGGGCGGCCAUUUGUGGGGCACCCGGUGACGUUCAGGGACGUGGCUGUAGACUUCUCCCUGGAAGAAUGGAGAUGCCUGAGCCCUGCCCAGAGGGCCCUGUACAGGGACGUGAUGCUGGAGAACUAUGAAAACCUGGUCUCCGUGGGGCUUCCAGUGUCCAAACCCACCGUGAUCUCCCUGUUGGAGAAAGGAGAAGCACCAUGGAUGCCCCAGGCAGGAGCCCCCAGAGGCCCCUGCCCAGAUUACCUGAGUUGGGAUGCUAGGUGUGAAACCAAGAAUUCAGUUCUGACUGAGGGCAUUUACCCAGGAACUUUGGCCCAAGAAAGAUUGCCAAUGGAUGGUAACUGGUAUCCCAGGAUUGGAGAAUCUGAGGAGUGGGAAGUUAGGUUAGAGAGACAGGAGGGCCACCAGGAGACAAUGACUCUUGGUGGUACAUUUGAUAUGGUGAGUGUCCCUGAGGUAGGUAGGUUUGUUAGACAUUUUAACAUGGAGCCAAUCUUUUUUCCACAAUGGAGAAGUGACAUGGAAGAAAGAUUCCGUAAGUGUAAUACAUUUGGAAAGAAAGCCUUUGGCAAGAGAUUAAAUCUUCAUGGACAGCCGAAAAGUCACAGUGGAGAAAACUCUUUUGAAUGUGAUGUGUGUUGGAAAAUUUUCUGGGAUAGAGAAGCACUUAGUAAACAUCAGAGAACUCACACUGGAGUGAAAUUGUUUGAACUUAAUGAAUGUGAAAAAGGCUUCAGUGAUAGGGGACCACUUACUGGACAACAGAAAUCUUCUGGAAUGAAACCAUUUGAAUGUAGCGAAUGUGGGAAAUCAUUAUCUUCAAGGAAGACCCUUACUUACCAUCAGAGAAUCCACACUGGAGUGAAGCCCUUUGAAUGUGAUAUAUGUGGAAUAGGAUUUAUGCGAAAGGAAUACCUUAUUAGCCAUCAGAGAAUCCACACUGGAGUGAAACCAUUUCAAUGUAAAGAAUGCGGUAAAGCCUUCUUUCAGAAGGGAAAUCUUAACAGCCACCAGAGAAUUCACACUGGAGUGAAACCCUUUGAGUGUAAUGAAUGUGGCAAAGCCUUCUUUCAGAAGGGAAACCUUAAUAGGCACCAGAGAACUCAUACUGGAGCGAAAAUCUUAGAAUGUAAUGAAUGUGGGAAAGCUCUAACUACAAGGAGAACCCUUAUUAGCCAUCAGAGAAUCCACCCAGGACUUAAACCUUUUGAUUGUAAAAUAUGCGGGAAAGCCUUCUUUCGGAGGGGCAACCUUUAUAGGCAUCAGACGACUCAUACUGGAGUGAAACCUUUUAAAUGUAAUGAAUGUGGGAAAGCCUUCCGUCAGAAGGGACAACUUAAUAGCCAUCAAGGAACUCAUACUGGAGUGAAACCUUUUGAAUGUAAUGAAUGUGGGAAAGCCUUCUUUCGAAAGGCACAUCUCAAUAGGCAUCAGAGAAUUCAUACUGGAGUAAAACCCUUUGAAUGUAAAGAAUGUGGGAAAGCCUUCAGUGAGAAGACAUACUUAAUUAACCAUGAGAGAACUCAUACUGGAAUGAAACCUUUUGGAAUGUGAAAUGUGGGAAAGACAUCAUUUGGAAGGAAUACUUCAUUCAUCAUCAGAGAAUCCUCACUGGAGUGAAAUCCUUUGAGAGUAACGAAUGUGGGAAAAAGUCUUCAUUACAGUGACAACCCUUAUUAGCCAGCUAGAGGAUCCACACCUGAGUGAAACCUUUUUAAUAUAAUGAUGUUGAAAAGCCUUCAUUUGGAAGAGAUCCUGUAUUAGCCCUUGGAAGAUCUGUAGUGGAGUGAAACCCAUGGAAUGGAAAGAAGGUAGAACAUAUUCAGGAGAGAACUCAAACUGGAAUGAAAUCUUUUGAAUGCGGUAGGUGGGAAAACAUUCUUUUUGAAAGGAAUAUCUUAUUACCCACCAGAAAAUCCACACUGAGUGAAACCCUUUAAAUAGAAUGAAUUUGGGGAAGUUUUUAAGCAGUGAAAGACUUUGGGUUUUCAUCAGAAAACUAAUGUUGGAGUGAAGACUUUUGAAGGUAGUGAAUGUAGGAAAACCUUCAUUGACAGGGGAACAUUUAUUAAACUUCAAGACACUCAUACUAAAGUGAAUGAAUGUGGGGAUACAUUUGACUAGAGAGAAAACUUUCUAAUAUGAGAGAAUUCAUACUGGAGAGAAACUUUUUCAAGUAACUAUAAAUAUAUACUUAUUUAAAUGUAGCAAGUUGAAAUGUAAUCUUCAUUUUUUGUAGUUUCUUGAGUAAAAACAUGUAACAUUAACUUUCA